AUGUCCACAGAAUGGAAUGCGUCUCUCGCUUCUCCUCACAAACGCUUGGUCUGUAUUCGAUUUUCUUACUUGUUUAUAACAGUGUCUCUUGGUCUUCUUUUUUACUUUGGGAUAACAGUGGUGUUACCCUCAGCGCAAGCAGGACUUUUUCAUGAGACGAGAUGUCUCGUAAAUUUCAGCGUCUUCGAUGGUGAAGAAGUCUGUGAUUGCGGAGGCGGUUUUCCUUUGAGUUCCUGCUAUCCUUGCCUUAAGAUUUAUGUAGUAUUUAGUACAGAAAAUAUCUCUACUGGAAUAAAAGAUAUAAAGAGCAUGGAACAAUCAGUUCUUUACAAAGAUGUACUCAACGUUGGCGACAAGGUAGGCCUAAGUGUAAUAUAUAAAAACUCCAAUUAAGCCGAAUUGAGAAAAAAGUUCGAGCAGUCAGUGGUUUUAUAAUCGUAUCAAAGGUAAAUGUAUCUAAAACAUGAGCUACUGUAAAAAUUUUUUCAAUGUUCAAGUUUAAUUCAGUUUGAUGAGCGGGCAAGAAAGAUUACCUUAAGCUUCAAGUAAGUAUAUUUUUAUUUUUAAAACUGUCGGCGGGGGAGUACGUAUAACAAGAAAAUUUGGUUUAUCAACCGAGUUGAUAAUGUAAAGUAGCCACCGUAAAGAGUUUUCAAAGCUGACGUCUCGAGCGUUAGCCCUUCGUUAAAGUGAAUGGAGAAGGGCUAAUGCUCGAAACAUUUGCUUAGAAACGCUUUACGGUGGCUAAUUUACAUUAUCUACUCGGUUGAUAAAACCAAAUUAUCUUGUUAUAUUAAUUGUUAGUUUGUUUUGGAGUGAAUUGUUUUCAAGGCUUGAUCCUGCUGUGGUCCAUACACGGGGGGGCUCAGUAGGUGCCAAGAAAAAAAUCACUUGCGUGCGAAAACUAAUUUAAUUCAAAUAAAUCAACGUCAAGUCAACCCAUUGUGAACGGAUUUGAGGUCGCGCGCUAAUCUUUUAAGUCGCUACAGUUCUUGGCAACGGCGAAUAUGAAAAUGUUAAAAAUUUUAAUGUGUGUGGGACAUAACGUCAAGUACCGUCACAUUGUACCAUGUAACAUCUUAUCAUGACACACAGGAUAACAUCUUUUCACGUCACGUCGCAUAACGACAGAUCAUUUCACGAAGCGUCGACCCACGCUGGGUGACGUCACCUUACAACAACUAGCGGCAACUAAACACAAGUGUUGAGUUAAAACCUUAACUAAAAUAUUUCUGGGGCCAAAGAGAAAGAAGAGGUACUAAUGAAAAAAAAAACUAAGAUUUUGAAAUGAUAUACAGUUGUUCUCUUAUUCUCAGUCUUUCUCCGUUCAACUCUUUUCAGUGUACUCUUAAACCGCCUUCUUGUUGCUUACGCUCAGAAGAGGAAAAUCAAAAACAAGUCAGAGACUACAUGGAAUUAAACGGGCGGAAUAAUUCCUGGAUAUCUUGCUUCUACAAUAAGCUUAACCAAACUGAGGUUAUUGCGACCAAAGGAAAUUACCAGCUGGAUAUAUUUAUGUCACUCUUCUGGCCAUUACUAGGAAUAGCUGUUGGCUUGAGCUUGCUCAAAUACGCGAGACGUUUGCAGCCGGGAAAAACGAAGAAGAAAUUAUCAACAAAGGAAAGAAGACAUAUUUUAGCUGCGACCACUCUGACUCUAUUUCUCAGAGCCGAAGGAGAACCAGCCGUU